AGGUACUUCCGGAGGCAGGGCUAUGCUCACAUUCAUGGCCUCUGACAGCGAGGAAGAAGUGUGUGAUGAGCGGACAUCCCUAAUGUCGGCCGAGAGCCCCACACCACGCUCCUGCCAGGAGGGCAGGCAGGGUCCAGAGGACGGAGAGAACACUGCCCAGUGGAGAAGCCAGGAGAACGAGGAGGAUGGUGAGGAGGACCCUGACCGCUACGUCUGUAGUGGGGUUCCCGAGCGGCCGCCAGGCCUGGAGGAAGAGCUGACCCUCAAGUACGGGGCAAAGCACGUGAUCAUGCUGUUUGUGCCGGUCACUCUGUGCAUGAUCGUGGUGGUAGCCACCAUCAAGUCUGUGCGCUUCUACACGGAGAAGAAUGGACAGCUGUGAG